AUGCUAUAUCCUACUCCAUGCUGUAUCCCCUCCCAUGCCGUAUCCUACCCCAUGCUGUGUCCCCCCCCAUGCUGUAUCCUACCCCAUGCUGUAUCCCACCCCAUGCUGUAUCCCACCCCAUGCUGUAUCCCACCCCAUGCUGUAUCCCACCCCAUGCUGUAUCCUACCCCAUGCUGUGACCCCUCGCAUGCUAUAUCCUACCCCAUGCUGUAUCCUACCCCAUGCUAUAUCCUACCCCAUGCUGUAUCCUACCCCAUGCUAUAUCCUACCCCAUGCUGUAUCCCCUCCCAUGCUGUAUCCUACCCCAUGCUGUAUCCCCCACACAAUGCUGUAUCCUACCCCAUGCUGUACCCCACGCCAUGCUGUCUCCUACCCCAUGCUGUCUCCCGUACUUUUCUCCCAAUCACCACGCGGCCUCCUUCCAUAUCCCCCCGGGUGAACCUCGUGCCGCAGGUGAUGCCGCACUUACAUGUCACGCCUCGCACACAAGCAAUUCCGCCGCUCAAUCCUUCUGGAAAAAUGACAUCCGGCAUUCGUCUCGCUUGAUCAUCCGAGUUCCAUCAAUCGCACUCUAAGGAUCAAUGGUGGUUGGCGGUUGGGUGGGCUGUUGGAAUUAUGACGAGCAAUUGGUUGUACCAAUUGGGGUAACGUGCUCGCUAUAAAGGUUACAGAAAACAGGGUCUGUGUCCAGUGUGCUAGUUGUUUCAUAUAAUAAAGGUGGACCGAACAA